AAUGACGUCACGUCCGCGCCAGCAGCAGUAUACAUGUGGAAGUGUGUGUUGCUAAGUUGAACUGCUUGUGAAGUUUUAUCCUCUCGGUUUGUGUGACAGUGUGUAGAUAGAUAUCACCGCGUUGACGUCAUUUAAAAAGUUUAAUUCUUGAUUAAAUAUAAUACAAAUAAAUAACGGCGAGUGUCGUUUAAAUGCAGCCAGUCAAGGCGAGCUAACAUUAGCAGCUAGUUCAUUUAUCAACACAGCAGCAGCAGCAGCUUUGGUGAAGCCUCCCAGAUGGCUGAUGACACCGUGAGGGGUGAAGCUGCAGCCGGCGCGCAGACAGAGAGCAGUAACGGAGGAGCUGACGGUGAAAACCAAAGUCUGUCCAAAAGACAGAGGAAGAAACUCCUGAAGCAGCAGAAAUGGGAGGAGGAGAGGGAGCUGAGAAAGGAGAGACGAAAAGAGAAGAAGCAGCAGCGUCGUGAGCAGAGGCAGAAUCAACCGGAGGAGGAGGGAGGAGAAGCUCAGAGCUUCAGGAAGCGUCCUCGCAGAGAGGUGACCCCGAGCUCCGUGAGGCUGGUGGUGGACUGCGGCUUCGACGACCUCAUGCUGUUGAAGGACGUCCGAAAGCUUCACAAACAGAUCCAGAGGUGCUACGCCGAGAACAGACGAGCCUUACAUCCUGUGCAGUUUUAUCUGACGAGCAUCGGGGGGCAGCUGAAGCAGAGCAUGGACGAGAAGGACAAAGGAUGGGUGAACUGGAAGGACAUCCACAUUAAAACAGAACACUACAAGGACGUAGUGGAGAAGGAGGAGCUGGUGUACCUGACGUCAGACUCUCCAAACGUGCUGGAGGAGCUGGACCAGAAAAAGGCCUACGUGAUAGGAGGGCUGGUGGACCACAACCACCAUAAGGGAAUCACGUUUGAGAGGGCGAAGGAGCUGGGGAUCGAGCACGCACAGCUUCCUCUGAGCAGCUUUGUUAAGAUGAACAGUCGGAAGGUUCUGGCAGUCAACCACGUGUUCGAGAUCAUCCUGGCGUUCCUGGAGAAGGGCAGCUGGAGGGACGCCUUCUUCACCGUCCUGCCUCGGAGGAAAGGGGCGGUGGCCGUCACCCAGGGUGAAGAAAAUACUCUGAAAGAAGACGAAGAAAACUCUGACUCUGACUCUGACACACCAGAACAAACUGCCUGAGAGCCUCAAACGUAGCUCAACUUCAGAGUGUAGAGAUGUUGAUGCUGAGGCUGUUCUCUGACCAGAAAUGUUUCUGUUCAAGCUUCUUCUUAUUUUUUUUACAGAUAUUUAUUGAAGAUUUUACUUUGUGCCUCCUGUAAUUACAGUAAUAUUUCAGUUUGAAGACAUUUUUUUUCUUUUGAUCAAAUUGCUGCAAAAUAUUCAGUUAUUACGCUAAAGAGAAAUUAAAUGUUUCCUUUAUUUUUG